UUCCAUUGAAGCAACAAUAGUGUUCUAGUAGUGUUAACUUUACUUGACAUACUAUGAAUUUUUUAAUAUUAAGUCUAGAUCUAUAUUUUUUUAAUUGACAUAUGUCUAAGCUAAGCAGACUGAUUUAAUGUUUCUGUUGAAUCCAAGGCUUCAAUAAAUAAGUUUUAGCUCCGUUAACUUCUGACUGCUGACAAUGUCAUUCAAUUCGAGCCACAAUAAAUGGCUACGUCGUCGUGUUGGAUCAACACGCUACAGCAUGAUAUCACACGCAUCACAGGACUCGUCAGCAUCCAAGACAGGAUUUGUGGACCUAGAAGAUGAGUUCCUGCACGCUUGUGAGUUUGGUGAUGUGCACAACGCCAGAAGGAUAUUAAGAGACUUUGUUGACACGGUCAAUGUAGACUGCAUGGAUGCCCUGGGCCGCACGGCACUCCGACUGGCUGUCAAAAAUGAGCAUCUUGAGAUCGUGGAGGUGUUGCUGGAGAAGUCCAACCAGCACCACAUCUAUGAGGCUGUGCUACAGGCUAUCAGUGCUGGACAUACUCAGAUCGCUGAGACCAUUCUCAAACAUAGACGCUACCUGGAGAUGUGGAAGGAGCGCCGGAAGUUGGGAGAUAUGGAUGGUUUCUACAAGGCAGCCUGCUCUGACGCUCAGUUUUCUCCCGAUAUAACGCCCAUGAUCUUGGCUGCUCAGAACAACAAUUACGAAGUCGUUCAGUUGCUUCUCUUGAGAGGGGAGACAAUCCACAAGCCACACAAGUUUGGCUGUUCGUGUCAGGAAUGUCGAAACCGCAUGAAGUUUGACCAGCUCCGCCUAGCCAAAUAUCGCCUAAAUGCCUACAGAGGUCUGGCCAGUGAGGCCUACAUCUCCUUGUCCAGUAAAGAUCCGAUUCUUACAGCUUUUGAGCUGGCAGCUGAGCUGAGGAGGUUGUCAAGGGUCGAGAAACAUUUUAAGCGUGAGUACCGUGACUUAGCAGACCAGCUGAGUGAUUAUGUGGUCAAACUUCUGGACAGAAUUAGAACACAGAAAGAACUGGAACUUGUCUUAAACAAGACGGGGAAACCACAUCAAGAAAAGUUUGAGAGUUUGGCCAGAUUUAAACUGGCCCUCAAGUAUGACGAAAAGAAGUUUAUUGCUCACCCAAGCUGUCAGCAGAGAAUAGUUAGGGCCUGGUACACUGGCAUGGGACGGAUGGAGCGCGCAAGUUGGACCAAGAGAAUAGCCAUGAUCAUGUCAUUCAUCUGUGCAUACCCUGUGCUCGUUUUUCUUCACAUAUUUUUUCCACGUAGUAAGGGAGGAAAUAUUUUGCAACUGCCAGUUGUCAAGUUCUCUUGCCACGCGGCGUCCUUUGUGAUUUUUUUGCUGCUCAUCGUUGUGUCGACCAUUGAAUCUUCUAAGAGCGUCAGCAAGUACAGAACAUUAAGCUCCGAGUACAGCUCUGUUGCUGUCACAUACAAGCAAAUGCGAGUGUACUGCAGCGACUCCAUGUAUGGAGAGGAUUUCCCCUUGAGGGCUAGCUCGCCGAGCAUCACGGAGCUCUUGAUGACGUUCUGGAUUUUUGGAAUGCUAGUUCAGGAAUGCAGCCAAUUGUUUACUAGCGGCUUGGUAGAACACAUCAGCAUAUACAAUGGUCUUGAUUUUAUACUGCUCAUUUGUUAUAUAACUUCUACUUCGCUUCGUUACUGGACCAUGCUAAAGUUUCACCAGGCCAUAGAUGUGCUCUCGAGAAUAAAUAACCAAACCUGCACAGAACUGAGUAGAUUUUACUGGUUAAACACAGAUCGUCUUUACUGGGCACGGGAGGACCCGAUGAACUUACUUGAAGGACUCUUUGCCAUGGGAAAUAUUAUCAGCUUUUUCCGCAUUUCUUACUUACUUCCUGCCAACGAGAUCUUAGGACCGCUGCAGAUAUCACUGGGACGUAUGCUAAAGGAUAUCGCAAAGUUCGGAGCUUUAUUUAUCCUUGUCAUCUUCGCCUUCAUGGUGGGCCUUCACAACUUGUACUGGUACUACAGCGAGAGGGUUAAAAUAGAACUGGACAACUUGACGCAUCCUAAGCAGGUUCCUGCCGAGAAACACUUUGGAGGGGUGCUGCCUACCUUUCGAACGGUGUUUUGGACCUUAUUUGGUCGAGGGGAACCUGAAGUUGUUAAACUAGGCGAGUUUAAUAAUACAUUCACAGAGGACAUCGGCUAUGUCAUCUAUGGAGCUUAUAACGUUGCUAUGGUUACCGUCUUACUUAAUAUGCUUGUUGCAAUGAUGACAAGAUCAUUCACCCUAAUUGCAGAAGACUCAGACCGUGAAUGGAAGUUUGCACGUAGUCGCCUGUACACCGAUUAUAUAGGUAACAUUGGAGUCUUACCUGUUCCUCUCAACAUUCUUGGCGCGCCCAACUGUUUAUUUCAGAUGAUCUUCUCCAGCCACUCCAUUCCAGACACUUUGGAUAUUGACCUUGAAGGUGAGAUGGUUGAUUCAAUACAAGGGGACAUUUCAAGCAGAUUUCUCUACAACAACGAAAACACCAAAAGCGUUAGUGUCGUCACUACCCCAUUUGACACGGAAGAGAAUACCACUCUUAAAGCCAAGCCCAGCAGUUCCCAAAGUCAAGAAAAGCUCACAUAUCGACAAACAAUGGAACGGAUUGUGCAAAGAUAUAUUUUUGAUUUACAGAGAGAAGCUGAAGUCACAGAAGAUGACUUCGAAGAGAUCAAGCAUGACAUAUCCAGCUUUAGGUAUGACGUCAUUCAUCAGAUGGCCGUGAAGACGAACGUCCAAGACGAGCUGAUGGCCAGCAUGAACACCAUCUUAAACCAAAUGCAGGAUCUUAAAGAAAAACUCCACAAAGGAAAAGGCAGCAUUUGAUGCAUACAUCAGCACAGCGUCUGCUUCAAGUACACCUGCAGCCACUAAUUAUCUAUGUGGACUACUCUCUGUAAUACACAUGGAUGCUUUCAAAACAUUUUUAAAAAAAUAUCACAACUAUAAGUAUAUCCAAUCAUCAGUUAAUUAUUUAA